CAGCUUGAAGUUGGAAUGUGAGAAGCUGAUGAGUGAGAAGACAGAGAUGCAGAGACAUUAUGUCAUGUACUAUGAGAUGUCCUAUGGCCUGAACAUGGAAAUGCACAAGCAGCUGUAAUGGCACGGGAGACAUGGCACAGCUCUCUGCAAGGGACUGGCUUGCAAAGGAGUCCAGAUAUUGUCAGGACAUGUGCUGUUGAGUUCCUUGGGACAGGGAUCUACCAUCCCAAAUCACCACUCAGAGCCUCCAUGUGAGCCCUGGUACCUUCCUGCAGAGGGUCCCUGGGGCCUGAGUUGAGGGAGGGAUGUGGAGGAAACAGCAGAAGCUGGGGCCCAAGGGCAAAUCGAUUGUCUUUCUUUUCUUUUUUCCUAAUCUCCUUUUCCUUUCCCUAAGUCAGAGGAGUGUUUUUACCCUUCCUUGGUUCCCCUUUUGUUCCAGUGUUAAUUUGUUUUCCCUCUUCAGAUUUAUCAAUCUAGUCAUCAUGGGCUCUCUGCCAGGGAAAUUAGUUUGGACCAAUGCCUGACAAAGUGGCAAGUCAACUGCCAUAUUCCUCCAGCUGGCUCAGCCCCUCUUGAGUUUGCUCCUUUUGGUAGCAGGGAGCAUAUUCCUGCCAUCCCCACAUGCUUCAAGAUCUGGUGGGACUGGGACCCACGGAUGGGACUGGGACCCAGGGGUGGCCUGUGCCACAUGGGGCCAGUGGCUCUGCCCACAAGGCAAUAGAGGUGAGGGCCAAGCGGUUGAGAAGCAGGAGCCCUGACCCACCUGGGUCCAGCUCCUGGCUCUACCUGGGCAGGAGACGUCUGGAGGGGAGGCGUCUUUACUCCCAGGUCCUGAGUGGGUGUUGUGGCAGUGGCUGAGACAGCAGCUGGGACCUGCAGGUGAGCAGGGCGCUGGUGGGUGUGGGGGUGCUCCCGGGGUGCAGCAAGUAAAUGUUCCCUUUGUUCUCUGUUGGCUGUGAGUGUGGUUUGACCUCUGCAACACUGUCGGGGAUUAUCAGAAACCUGAGAUGAAAAAAUGCUUCAGAGCAGCCGGUCCCUCCGCCAGUGCCAGGGUAGAUUUGCAGUGAGGAAAUCGAGCUUUCCCCAGGAGACAUGGGUUUUCUCUUGGAGAGGCUGGGCUGGAAGCCACAGCCCCUUUGCUCAGAAGUGCUGCUUACCCUGGUGGGGACGUGGCUGGGCUGUGGGUCUGUCUGUAACCACAGGCUCUCCUCAGAGGAUGCACCAGGUUCUCUGCGUUCCCUUGUUGCCGCUGCUGGGCAGGGGCAGGUCCGAGGUGUUCUGUGCCUCUGCUCCCCCUUUGGAAGGAGCAGGGAGAGCUGGCCCAGGACUUGAUGGGGAUGGGAGCGGGGUCCCUGCUCUGGGCAGGGCAGGUACCACCACCAGUUCCUUGCAGGGUUUGCAGGCACGAUGCCGAGAGGGCUGAAUCUGUGGGAGUUCUGCGUCCCUUGCUCUGCCCUGGCUUUAAGUCCGACGCUCGGGGACAGCGCAGUGUGUGGGUGGCCCAGUGCCAGCAUCUGCGGCUCAGCUCUGCCCACUGCCUGUGCCAGUGGCAGCCCCAAAGCCAACCUGGGUUUGGGCUGAGCAAAGCCAGCUGGGCUGUGACAGGAGUGACAGCUUGGGGCUUGCCUUGGCCUGGGUCCACAGAGGGAUUUGGGCGUUGGGAUCCCUCCCACGUGCCUCUGGGACCUGGCAGCCUGGAGGGGUCCAGCAGCUUUGGGCAGAGUCUUCUCUUGGCAGCGGGAAGACCCAGAAGGGAUGUAGAGGCAGCAGGAGAAUUUCCACUGAGAGGAUUUGGGUGGGGAGAGUUUAACUUCGCCUGAAUGUCUGCAGGAUGCUUGGCUGCCCUCCCCUCUGCUGGAGGGGACAGGAUAGGGCUCAGAGCCCUCCAUCCCAGGCGAUACCUGCUUCCUCUUUCAGGCAGAGAUUGUCAAGAGACUGAGUGCCAUCUGUGCCCAGAUUAUCCCCUUUCUGACACAGGAGCACCAGCAGCAGGUCCUGCAGGCGGUGGAAUGGGCCAAGCAGGUGACCAUGGGAGAGCUCAACAGCAUCGCUGGGCAGCAGCAGCUUCAGCACCUCUCCCACCACGCAUCCCCGCUCCUGCUGACACCCCACCCCUCCAGCGUGCAACCUUCCAGCUUGAGCGGGGCCAGCAGCACCUUGGGGUUCCUGGCUGUCUCGGGGGCACUGAUGGCACAGGCUCAGCUGGCCACCAAGGAAGACAGAGUGGCCCAGGAUGGGGAGAACAGAGAACGUGCCCCAGGCCGGAGCAUUUCUUGUUCCCCUCCUGAGUGCCUGCAGGAUGAGGAGAGGACGAGCCUGAAGUGGAAGCGGGAGGAGAAGAACCUGCCUGGGCAUUCUGAUAGUGAUGGGGACAAGAGCGACUACAACCUCGUGGUGGAUGAGGUAGGCCCUUAUACUUGGAACCUGGCAGGGUAUCCAGCUCAAGCUGUAGUCAUCAAGUUUAGGACUCUGGUUCCUAAGCUCUGGAGUUCCUUAGGCUCCAGGUCAUUGCUGCUGGGAGCAGCAUCCAGCCAGGACAUGUGCCAGCCCUGCUCUGAUGUGUUCAUGUCAGCCAAGACUGAUUCCACUCCCACUGCUCUGAGUAGAAAGCUGUGCCAGCCAGGGCUGAGCUUUGCCAGCCACAAGAUUGGCUCUGAUUCACAAUCCCCUUUCAGUCCCUCUCCUGUAGCAUCCCAUAUGGGGAGGCUGAUAAGCUGGGAUGAGAGCUCCAGGGAGUUGGGCUUGCUGCUGGCAGCUCCAGUGGGUAGAGGUGGCAGGAGCAGGCAACACACCCUGGCCCUGCCAGCCCCGGGCUUUGCAGUGCCCCUCAUGCCCUGCCUGGCCUUCGAGCAGCCUCGACUUUACCACACCAACCUGUGUCAGUGUCUCAGUGCAGGGAGCACACUGAAUUCUAGUCCUUUGCAAUGGAACUGCCCUGUACUUCUGGUACAACCUUCCCUGGCUGCUGGGGCAGGCCUGACAAAAAUUUAUCCCAGCCACAACUAUUCUUGGCAGAGAUGAGGCUUUCAGGGACAUACCUGCUCGUUUUCUGGAAGACAAGGGGAAGGGACAACAUGUGUGAGGUAUUUUUUCCUCCUGCCACUUCCUAAGAAAAUACAAGCCCUAAAAGGAAUAUCAGCAGGAAUUUCUGCAGAAAACAACAC